AUGUUAAAGUUAGCAGCCGAAGGCAAGACAAGUUACCCAUUGGCCGCGGCUGCCUUGAAAGAGAGCGUCUACGUCGACGAUGUGGUGACAAGUGUCGAGUCAGUGGAGAAGGCCCGCGAGCUUCAGCGGCAACUACAAGCCUUGCUUAAAACUGCCGGCUUCGAACUCAGAAAAUGGGCCAGUAGCCAUCCAUCGGUCUUAGCUGAUCUGGAUCCGGAACUCUACAGCCAGUCGUUACUAUCCUUUGAAUCGCCGGAAGAUCAGUUUCUUAAGGUCCUUGGACUUCGUUGGUACCCUCAAACGGACGACUUCGGAUUUCAGGUCAAUCCGUUGGACAGAGAUUGCACCAAACGCACCAUUCUCUCUGAAUUAGCUCGCAUCUUUGAUCCAUUGGGGUUCUGA